AUGGGGAACGAUGGAGCCGAAGAUAUCCCUGCCGAUUCCGCUCGUCUUUGGCGCAAAGAAAACAAACAACCGCAAAUAUCUCUCUAUCCGAACCAGGGAGCGUUUGACGAUGCCAUCCACAUGCCCACUCCUUCCGCCUAUUUGACUCCCCCUGGACUAGCAAUAUCCAACAACAAACUCUCCCAUCCGACACCAAUCCCUGACAAUUAUUAUUUCGAUACUUAUUCUUUAGUUCGCAAUAUCUCAAAGGGCGGCUUUACAGAUGAUCAAUCAGUCACGAUCAUGGAAGCCAUCGAACAUAUUCUAGAGAACAACAUCGACUUCACAGAGCAAUGCCUGACGUCCAGAUACAAUUUUGACAACGACUCUUAUCUGUUCAAGGAAGCCUGCUCCCAACUCCGAUCGUCCAUACAGUCAGCCCGUGAUUUGGAAGCGGAAAGACAACAUGCUUCGCGGAUACAAUUGCAGCACGAAUUUAAUAUGCUCUCGCAGCGUCUCCAUCAGGAAAUGACGGAAAUGAAGGAUAGUAUUAGGGGUAUGUUAAAUGACCACAGUAUCACAAUCCGAGAGUACCAGCGUAAUAUCGACACCUUGCUCCAGGAGCUCAAUUACAAAAUUAAUGUGUCGCUGAAUGGGGACGGGAAGGCCGCAAUCGAGAGUAUCAGAUGGAUUUUGACAAGUCGCGCUGCUCUUACUGUUGCGACUUGUGCCUUGAUGAUCGUCUUCGUCCUGAAGUUCUAUUCCGUCCGCAUGCAAGAUUCAGAGCGCAAUAUAAAAAAUCAAGAAGAGAAUCAGCUGAAAAGCCACGUCUCAACCGAAGUGUGCAAGACUCUCUUUACUGCCAUCCGAUAA